UCCCGUGAUUCCAGGAGCUGGGGCUUUAAGAAAGACACCAAGUGUCACCAGAGCUGCAACACUGGACGAGUGGUGUCCCUUAAACCAGGAAACACAACACCACUGACAAUCCAGUUUUAAUAAUAAAGACAACACAUUUCACCAAAAGAAUGAGAAAACUUUCACCUGUUCAAUCAAGGUCACUAUGAAGGCUCUGUAUUGUCAGCAGAAUUCAGCUGGAGAGGAAAUUGCAUUUGUCUUCCAGGAAAGGGAAAAUCUUCCUGUUACAAGAGACAAUGAUGUGAAAAUACAGGUUAAAGCCUGUGCUCUGAGCUGGACAGAUAUAAAGCUUUUAUCAGAAAUGAAGAUGAAGAAAGAAUUUCUACCUGUUGGGAGGGAAAUUGCUGGAGUGGUAUUGGAGGUUGGAAGCAAAGUGUCCUUCUUUCAGCCAGAUGAUGAAGUAGUGGGAAUCUUGCCCCUGGAUUCGGAAGAGUCUGGUCUCUGUGAAGUUGCUCUAGUUCAUGAGCAUUAUUUGGUUCAUAAACCAGAAAAAGUCCCUUGGGUUGAAGCAGCAGGGACCAUUCGUGAUGGCCUACGAGCAUACACAGCCCUACAUUAUCUUUCCCAUGUUUCUCCUGGAAAAACUGUACUAGUAAUGGAUGGAGCAAGUCCAUUUGGUACAAUAGCUAUUCAGUUAGCACAGCACAGAGGAGCCAAAGUAAUUUCUACAGCAUAUAGUCUUGAAGACAAGCAGUACUUGGAGAGGCUUAGACCUCCUGUGGGCACGAGGCAACCUUUAAUUGCUCGAGUCAUUGAUGUCUCAAAUGGUAAGAUUGAUGUGGCAGAAAGCUGUUUGGAGGAAACAGGCGGGCUGGGAGUGGAUAUUGUCCUAGAUGCUGGAGUGAGAUUAUACAGUAAAGAAGAUGAGUCAACAUUAAAACCGCAACUGCUGCCACACAAACAUGAUAUCAUUACACUUCUUAGUGUUGGAGGACACUGGGUAACCACAGAGAAAAACCUCCAGUUGGACCCUCCAGAUAGCCAUUGCUUGUUUCUUAAGGGAGCCACAGUCUCUUUUCUGAAUGAUGAAGUAUGGAAUUUGUCAAAUGUGCAACAAGGGAAGUAUCUUUGUAUCUUAGAAGAUGUGAUGGAGAAGUUAUCAAAUAGUAUUUUCAGGCCUCAGUUGGAUGAACCAGUCCCAUUGUAUGAAGCCAAAGUUUCUAUGGAAAUAGUUCAGAAGAAUCAAGCAAGAAAAAGACAAGUCAUCCAAUUCUGAAGCACAAUUUCCUUGUUUCUAAGACUGGGAGACAGAGAUAUGUAAUAUAUUUGAGAAGUAAAUUGGUGUACAACUUCAAAUAGUUCUGUAGCUAGUGUCUGAAGAUAGUGUCUGGGCUGUGAAUGUUUUGGUACUGAGACUUUUAGUUUCUCUGUAUCAAAUCUAAUAGAAUGAUUCCAUCAACAACUUUAAAGAGAUACCAUUAACUUAAAAAUCACAUCUGUCUGAUUUUUCCCUCCUAUUACUGUUAUAAGUAACAUCUAAGAUUAUUUUGGGGUUAGAGGA